CAAAAGAUCCAGGCAAAUAUGGAAGGGGAACUGGACUUAGAUGAUGGGAGAUUAAUAAUAACCACCAAGACUAGGAAAAAGUCAAAGAAAUAACACCGUUUGUGUCACUGGGACGCAGGCGGGGGAGGCAAGAGUCCUGGUAGGAGGCGCUGGGGAUCUUCCUUUCUCCAUACCCACCAGGGAAGCCGGGCGCGCCUGAGUCAUCAGGGCACUGCCCCCGGCAGAGCACGGGAGAGGUCCCGCAGACUCCUUCCUGUUACACCCCUCCUCCCAGCAACAUCAUUCAUCGCAAAAUUUCCCAGAAGGGUGUUAAAUGAAGUGAUGAAAAGUGGUGGGGAGUGACCAGGGUUCACAGGGGAGGGAACGAAGUGACAUUCUUGGGGUUAUAUAAACUCUCCGAGGCCGCCAAAGGGUGUUUGGAGGCUGCAAGCUGGCUAGUGCAGCAAUAGAGGAAAGAAGCUGAAGCCCUUCCCAGAGCCAGCCAGGGACGCAGGGGCUCUGAGCACCCCUCUAUCGAUCAUGGUGCGCGCACCCUGCCCGCCGCCGCCGCCGCUGCUGCUGCUGCUGCUGCUGCCGCCUCUGCUUCACCUCUCUGCGGCCACUACGGAGCCCUGCGAGAUAGACGACGACGACGUGCGCUGCGUCUGCAACUUCACGGAUCCGGAGCCCCAGUGGUCCAGCGCCUUGCAGUGCCUGAGUGCCCUCGAGGUGGAGGUCCACGGCGGCGGCCGCAGCCUGCAAAAAUUUGUAGGGUUCGCCGACACCAACCCGAAGGAGUAUGUUGAUUUGGUCAGGGCUCUGCGCUUGAGGCGACUCACAGUGGGCACUGCACAGGUUCCUGCUCCGCUUCUUGUCGCUGUCCUGCGUGGGCUCGGGUCCUCCCGCCUCAGGCAACUAACGCUCCAGGACUUGGAAGUAACGGGAAUGAUGCCGCUGCCACCUCUGGAAGACAUUGGGCCUGCACUUUCCACCCUCAGUCUCCAUAACGUGUCGUGGGCAACAGGCGAUGCCUGGCUCGCCAAACUUCAGCAAUGGCUGAAGCCAGGCCUCAGAGAACUGAGCGUUGCGCAAGCACACUCGCUCGCCUUUCGCUGCGAAGACCUCCGCACCUUCUCCUCCCUCAGGACCCUGGACCUGUCGGACAAUCCUGCACUGGGCGAGCGCGGACUGGCUGCGGCUCUCUGUCCCAAUAAGUUCCCGGUCCUGCAGGAGCUAACGCUGCGCAACGCCGGGAUGGAAACGCCAAGCGGUGUGUGCGCAGCGCUGGCGGCGGCGGGUGUGCAACCUCAGCGCUUGGACCUCAGCCACAACUCGCUGCGCACCACGACCCAGGGCGCUCCCGCUUGCACCUGGCCCAGCGCACUGAGCAUUCUCAACCUGUCGUUCGCCGGCCUGGAGCAGGUGCCUCAAGGACUGCCGGCGGAACUCAGUGUGCUUGAUCUCAGCUGCAACAGGCUGCACAGGGUGCCGCGGCCAGAGGAGCUGCCCAAGGUGACUAGCCUGACACUGGACGGGAAUCCCUUUGUGGAACCGGAUGCCUCCAAGUACCAAGAAGUCCCGACCUCUGGUGUGGUCCCAGCCUCUGCAUGUUCAGCCCUGGCCUUGGGGAUGUCAGGAACUGUUGCGCUGCUUCAGGGAGCUGGGGCCUUGGCCUAGGAAGACCCAGGGAAGAAGAAUGGAUUGGCUCAGAUUGCCCUGGCUCUGGAGGAGCUUCGGCAGGACGUCUCUACCAACCACUUUUCUGCCCAUCUUCAUUAAAAUCUUAAGCAACGGCCCUUGUCAUUCACUCAACAGAUGUUUGCUGUGUGUCUGCUAAGUGCUGGACAAAAUGAUGGAUGGGGAAUCCAUUAUAUAGAGAUUUUCUUCACCCCAAUUCCCCAGAAACCAUAUUUGCCUAAGCAAAGAACUUCAGAGGCGGAAGACUCAGGGGGACGCUGCCUGUCUGGGGCUGUGUGGAAGAAACGAAGGGUUUCUGUACAAUCCAGGCUUUUUGAGCAGAUUACUGGUACCUGUGUAAGAGGGUAUUUGUAAACAUAACUAGGAUGGUACAGAACGUUUUCUUUCUGGUGCAUUUUUCACGAUCCAGCUGGUCUCCCAAAAACAACAAAAGCCACAGCCACUUGCUUCCUCUCUCUGUCUCUGAGACAGGAAGGACAGCUGCCAGCUGUCCUACAUUAACUCUGAGUUCCUUAACUUUAAGAUACCUCUCCUGCUCCGUAAGUCUCCUCUGCACACACAGGCAUGCUGAGUGCUACUGUGAUGUCUGAUGGUAAAUUCGGUCAUGGGGAAUUGGUGCAACCAUUAAAUUGCCUCUGAACUACA